AUGAGUUACCGUACUUUGGUAACAUUAAUUUGGAGUACAAUAUGUGGAUUGUAUUUAAAUUACGGUGACGUGGCUUGGUGCAUGAGUUUAGAAGAAAAAGAUCAAUUAAAGGAGCAGGCCAGAGAAAUGUUCUAUCAUGCGUAUAAGUCUUACAUGGACCACGCAUACCCUGCUGAUGAGUUAAUGCCUUUGAGUUGUAAAGGAAGGUAUCGAGAUAUUGAGCCAAAUCGAGGAGACGUUGAUGAUGCUUUGGGGAACUUUUCUUUAACUUUAGUUGACACAUUGGACACUCUUGUGGUGCUAGGGGAUUUUGAUGAAUUUGAACAUGCUGUAAAGCGAGUCAUCAAGGAUGUAUCUUUUGACAAUGACGUGGUUGUGUCAGUGUUCGAGACUAACAUCCGAAUGCUAGGUGGGUUGCUGAGUGGUCAUAUUCUGGGAUCUUACCUUCAAGAGAAUUUGAAUCGCAUGCACUGGUACAGAGGAGAACUCCUGAACAUGGCUCGAGAUCUCGGAUUCAGAUUAGUUCCUGCUUUUAACACUACUACGGGUGUGCCUCAUCCUCGAAUAAAUCUUCGCUAUGGGCUAAAAUCUCCCAAACUUGGUGUUGUUAGAGAGACAUGUACAGCUUGUGCUGGCACUAUGAUUUUAGAGUUUGCUGCUUUGAGUCGAUUAACCGGAGAAACUGUAUUUGAGGAGAAAGCUAGAACAGCAAUGGACUACUUGUGGCAACAAAGGCAUAGAACAAGUGAUUUGAUGGGGACUGUGCUGAACAUACACAACGGAGACUGGAUACGACGAGAUAGUGGAGUUGGUGCUGGCAUUGACUCCUACUAUGAAUACUGCCUAAAAGCGUACAUUUUGCUUGGAGAUGAUGUUUAUUUAGAACGUUUCAAUAAACAUUACUCUGCAGUUAUGAAAUAUGUUAGCCAAGGGCCUCUUCUUGUAGAUGUUCAUAUGCACAGACCUCAUACAAACUCACGCAACUUCAUGGACUCUUUGCUUGCAUUUUGGCCAGGCUUGCAGGUUCUUAAAGGGGAUAUCAAACCAGCAAUUGAGACUCAUGAAAUGUUAUAUCAAGUAAUGCAAAGGCACAACUUUUUACCAGAAGCUUUCACUGUCGACUUCCAAGUACACUGGGGGCAGCAUCCAUUACGUCCAGAAUUUGUCGAAAGCACUUACUUUUUGUAUAAGGCUACAAACGAUCCAUAUUAUUUAGAAGUUGGUAAGAAAGUCCUGAACAGUCUACAAACACAUGCUAGAGUAGCCUGUGGCUUUGCUGCUGUUAAGGAUGUUCGGACCGGCAGCCAUGAAGACAGGAUGGACUCGUUUGUUUUAGCAGAAACAUUAAAAUACCUGUAUUUAUUAUUUGCUAAUAAAGAUGAACUAACAUUGGAGGUUGAUGAUUUUGUUUUUACUACUGAGGCUCAUCUGCUGCCACUUAGUUUAGCAAGAAUUAGCAAUUCAAGCAUUGGUGACUUGCCAAAAUUAUCCGUGUUGGAAGAGAGCAUUGAAGAAGAUUUCACGCACAGUUGCCCUAACACACACUACCUAUUCCCUGAAGGAAGAAAUUUUGCUCAGUCCAUUCGUCUUCCUCUCAAAAAUUUGGUUGAAGGCGUUUGUCCUUCGAGUAAAUCGAGAAUGAGAACUCUUCAUGCAUCUGAGUUCCAGACCAACAGCAGAGAAAAUUUAGAAACUGUGAAAAGAAUGGGAAUCACUGUCUUAAGGCUUUCUGAUGGAAGAAUUCAACUCAUUCAUAAUGCAACUAUGGCUGAAUCACCGGAGCGUGCCGAAGAAGGCAUCAUAUUUAUGCAAGAAAUGAUAGAAUUAGCAAAGAAUCAAAAAUACAGUGAUCACAGUCGCACAGUUUAUUUUUAUUUGCCUCAAAGCACAACCAGGGUUCUUUUAGAUGCCGGGCCUGCUCAGUUUGGUAUUGAUAUAAAAGGAAAAGAUCCUUUUGAAUCGGAAAUACGUAUUGCCCAACCAAAAAAGGCUUGUUCAGACCUAAAGAAUGGUGCUGAAUUAGUUGGAAAAAUUGCUGUUGUUGAACGAGGAGAAUGCAUGUUCAUAGAAAAGGCUCGAUACUUACAGAAGGUUGGAGCAAUUGCUGGGAUUGUUUUAGAUAACCAUCCUGGAACCAGUGCCAAAACUUCUCCAAUGUUCGCUAUGUCUGGCGAUGGCAAAGACGAUGUCACAAUCCCCAUGGUGUUCCUUUUCAAUGAAGAGGCAGCCCUUUUACUCAGUGCUCAUCGCCAAUAUCCCGAUAUCAUGAUUGGGAUAGCUGAGGUCUCAGCAAUACCAGAUGCUGCACCCAGUGAAAGCAAUGCUCAAUCCAGUCCCUCUUCAAAAAUCCCAGAAACUCAACCGGGUUCCGGUUCGGCCGAAGUCACGGACUCCAAGCCCGGCCCUCAGUCUUACCCGAAAUUCUUCGACGAAGACGAAUUCAUCAUUGCUCAAAAACGGGUGCAAUUUCUGCUGAGCAAACUCCACAACCUCCAGCAGAUCAAAGUGGACCUGGACCAGCUGCUGGCCCUGACUCGGGAAUUCGGGGACGAGUCCCGCAGCUCGUCGAAGGAUGGCAGCGAUGCCUACCAGAAAGUCACGAGAGAGGCCGACUUCAAAAUCGCUGUCGAGAGACUCAUGAGAAAGGAGAAGAUUCUCGAGAUCGACCAAGACGUUCAGGUCCUCCUCUCUCGCCUUCGGCAGCUCGUCCAGUUCCAGCCUUCAUCCGCUGCAUCCAGCACCAAAGAGAGCUUGCCAAUUCAGAUACUGCACUGUGAAUACAGUACUCUCAACCCGCUGCACAGCAAAACUGCCUUCGUUCAUUUUGUAAGCGACAAAAUAGGUGCUCCUAGCUACAGUAGAAAGUUUUCUUGUAAAGAUUGUAUUUUAGAGACUUCUGGGAAUAAGAAACGUAUCUUGAAAGGUAGAGUGUUCGGUAGGACCGAGAAACCCUCGUCCGACAGCCAUCCACUGCCCGAAGGAGAUUUAUGA